AUAUCUGUUUUAUGUGUCUUUUCUUUUUGGGAAGAUCUCCGUUUUUCUCGCGGGCGCCUUCACAGCCUCUGAGAGCUGCCCCCCCCUCUUCAUCGUUGAGUCGGACAACUUUCCGAACUGUUUUUUCUCGCUGUUUUGCGCCGGUUUGCUCUUUUCUUGCAUUUCCUUCCUUCUUCUUUCUCUUGUCUUCCGUUCCCUGCCUCAGUCCAUCGAUAUUUACAAACAUGUAUACCCAUUUUUUCUCAUCUCCUUCUGCUCUCCCUCCUGCUAGCUGUCUCCGGUGUGCCGCUUCCUCUUUCACUUCUUCCGAGAUAUUCUAUACACCUUCGUCUCCCGACUCAUUUCUCCUUCCCUCUUCUCUUUCCUUUUUUAUUUCCUCCUAGUUCCGUCCCUCUCUCCACCUCCGUUUCCUUCUCUUUUGACUCGAGUCAACAUGCUGGGCGCAAGUCCUGAAGUAGAAGUCCUCGCGGACGAAGGCUCUGCAGGCUGUAUUGCCUCCGCUGGCGCUUCUGAGUUGCGCCAGCGACGAGGGGCAAAAGGAGAGACGCCUGCUGCCGAGCAAAAACAGUUCAGAGAAGGCGCCAAGGUCGCCGCAGCUUUUCAGGCGCGACAGUUUCCUCCUCUCCCAGGAACCGAAUCGGUCGAGUUGCCGCGAGGAGACUUCUUCCUGGCAUGUCUCCUCUGCAUGGCGGGAACCGUUUUCGUCGGGGCCGGCUGGCGACUGUGGACGACGCAAGGCGCAUGGGAGGCUUUUCCUUACGCGUUGCUUUCCUUUUUCUGUUUGUGUCCUGGUGUCUACCACUUCGUGGUUUUCGUCCUCAUCUUCUUGAAAGUUCCAGGCUUCUCUGUUCGCCUUCUGCGUUGA